GCGUCAGGCUCAGUCCCCAGCGCGGCUCCCGCGGCGUUCGGACCUCUCAGAGGUGUGAAUCGGGACGGAUGCUGGGGGGCCCCGUCCUUCCUGGGAAGGCCCUGUGAGGCCCCGCCGACCCCCGUGGAAGCCCAGCGAAGGGGACCCAGCCUGGCCUCUAGGACCCCCGUCCCUGGAGCUCUCGUCCCCGAUGUGUCCGAGGGUGCCACCCCGACGGCGCAAGAGUGAAACAUCUUUCAACCUAAUAUCAGAAAAAUGUGACAUUCUAUCAAUUCUUCGGGAUCAUCCUGAAAACAGGAUUUACCAGAGGAAAAUCCAGGAACUCAGCAAAAGGUUCACCGGGAUCCGCAAGACCAAGGGGGAUGGGAACUGCUUCUACCGGGCCUUGGGCUAUUCCUACCUGGAGUCCCUGCUGGGGAAGAGCAGGGAGGUCCUCAAGUUCAAAGAACGUGUCCUGCAGACCCCAAAUGACCUUCUGGCUGCUGGGUUUGAGGAGCACAAGUUCCGAAACUUCUUUAAUGCUUUUUACAGUGUGGUAGAGCUGGUAGAGAAGGACGGCUCAGUGUCCAGCCUGCUGAAGGUGUUCAACGACCAGAGCGCCUCGGACCAAAUCGUGCAGUUUCUGCGCCUGCUCACCUCUGCCUUCAUCAAGAACCGCGCAGAAUUCUUCCGACACUUCAUUGAUGAGGAGAUGGACAUCAAGGAUUUCUGUACUCAUGAAGUGGAGCCCAUGGCCAUGGAGUGUGACCACAUCCAGAUCACAGCCCUGUCUCAGGCACUGAACAUCGCCCUGCAGGUGGAAUAUGUGGAUGAGAUGGACACAGCCCUGAACCACCACGUGUUCCCCGAGGCUGCCACCCCUUCCGUUUACCUGCUCUAUAAAACAUCCCACUACAACAUCCUUUAUGCAGCCGAUAAACGUUGAUUACUUUUAGGCCAUGUAGUGGAGCCUGUCACCUAACGGGACUGCAUUCUCAAUGGAACAUUCCGACUUUUCAAUUUUUUAAACAAUUUAAACUAUAGUUAGAAAAUGUACAGCCUUUUGGGCAAAGUCACUGGGAAUGAGGACUACCCAUCAUGGACUGGUGUAACUUAGUGGUACUGUUAAUAUUUAUUUUCAUGGAGGAUCAAAUGCUUUCUAACUCAGGGCUACAAAGCCAGAACCUCUGGCUCUGCUCCCAGUUCUCUGAGACCCUGAGCAGGUCACCUCCCCUCUCUGGACCCAUUUCUUCAUCUGGAGAAGGUUCUUGCCAGUACCGACAUUCUGUUGUAUAAAAAACAGGGCCCUCUGGUUUCCUUUCUGUGCCUCUCUAAUGGGGAGGAAAAGCUCAAGGUUAGCUGUCUUCAGUGACUUUCCAGUUCUACAGAGAAGAAUCCAGUCCAAUCAGCUGUUAGACUGGAUUUUGGUGGAUGGCUGACUAAAGUGUUGGCCAGUUGGCCAAUGUGAGGGCUUCAGCAUGGUUCCAAACAUUCACCAGGGGAGUGUUUUCUUACCCUAACCUAAGGAGAAAAGGACUUUUAUGCCAAAGUUUAAAAAGGGGCCUUCAGCAUGAAGCUCAAGUUGUUGUGGCCUCCCCUCCUCUCUACCUCUCAGGGCCAGACCUGCUUGCUUUUGGGCAGGCCCUUCAGGAUUCUGCAGCUUAGCCUCACCUAACAGGCUCAAGGAAGGCUGGGGUCUGGGCCCAGGAAGCUGUCUCGCCAUCCCCAACAGCCUGGAAGUAGAAUCUAGGUAAUCCGCCAGGUGAAGACAGCAGUACAUGCAGCCACAGACUCCAGCUGGGCAGGGCAGACAAGUUUUGCAAGGUGGUCUGCAGCUUCUUUCCCUUUUCCCCCUUCUGCUUGGUGUUGUGGACUGGCAGGAAGUUAGGUGGGAAAGAACAGACAAGCUGAGGUAACUGGCAAGGAGGAAGAUUUGCUUUGAAAACUGCCUAGAAGCCAAGAGCCCAGGUUGGCAGCCUCCUUCGUUUGUCCCCCUAGACAGUCCCCUUAGUAACUAGCCUUGUCACCUUGCUGCCCCCAAGGACCUUGAAGAGCCCAGCUGAUCUGGGGUACUGCUAGCAAGCGCUCUUCCUCUGUAGGAGGAAAUGGAGACCGUACAAGUGUGGAACUGCCCAUGGGGUACUCCCCUAACCCAAGGUGUUUUCUCACAGGUUCUAUUCUGCAAGGAUUUCUGAGAAUCUACACUGCAUGUCUGCUGGCAGCCAGACCAUACACAAUGACUGGGUAGCAGACUGCUGAGGCCUUGUAUACAAACAGCAGUUUUGUAUCAUUCUUCUACCUUUGUGAAAACAGAUGUUAGGGUGCUUAAUGCCAGGCAGGGACCCAGGUUCCCCUACUGCAUUAGCUGGAGCUUAAACCCAAGGGGUCACACUAAGUGAUCAUGUCACUUUUCCACAGGAAUGUAAACCUGACCUUGAUCUCUGAAUUGGUGAUAUCCCACCCUGCUCUGGGUAGGAAUGCUAGGAUCUGCAACAAACACACUGGAAGACUGGGGGAAAUGUGUGACUUGUGACUAUCAGGAUCCCCAGUUUUUAAACCAAAGGGUAUGAACACGGCACCAGGCUGAAUGCCCGUGGCUGCUCUGAGGGUCUGUGGGACGGUCCGUGCCUCCACCUGGGCUCUCACAGCUGGCAUAAGCCGCAGCGGCCACUUCUUGGCAUGUUCACAAAAGUAGAGAUUUCUCUUUGGCAGACUGGCUGGAGAAAUUCCCUCUCAGGCUUCCUAUGCUGUGCUUCCAGGUCUAAGCCCACCAGUGCUCCCACGGAACCCUCUUCCAGAAGAGUUCCUAUCAGUUUUGAAUCAGAAUGCCACAGGCAAAUUAUUCUCAAGUUCUUACAAUGUGCUUCCCCCUUUUCCCACAAAACCCCUGGUCCAAUCCAAGCCAUGGCUCUCUGCCCUCACAUCCAACCUCAGAUGGUCUGAGGCAAGCACCGAUGCUGAAAAGGGAGUGACAGAAUUCAGGAACUUGUUCAAAUCCAGCCAUCUGGGGAGGGAGGUUUGCUUGUCUACAGCAG